AUGAGUUCGUUUGUGUCUAACUUUUUAAUAUUUUUUUGUGCAUUUGGAAUCUGUUACACAUUUGCUUCAAAUAGUGAACGAUUGGAGCAUGUUCUUACGGUUUGUUUUGUUCACAGUGACUUGCCUGAUGAUGAAGAUAAAAAGUCACCAGUUCUCCUCUUAGGAGUCAACAAAAUCUCCGACUCGCCGUUUGUAAGAAGACGCGGUAAUGACCCUUACACCACUGGAUCUAUUCGGUUUUUCCGACCACCCAAAUCGAAAUACACGAGAGGCUUAAAUGGCGACGAAAGAUUGGAGAAGAUCAGACAAGACCUGCUUGUCCACAAAUAUAAACCCGAUACAUACAUUCCAAGCACAAGUAAAAUUAACCAAAUCGAAACAGACACCAAAAGACACUGCGUCAAACUGAGCUGCAUCGGCAGUUGUAUCUGUGACAGAAAUAGAUCUGACAGAGGAUCGUUCUCCUUCCACCGUCCCGACAAUAGACAAUCUUCUCUUUGCCCAUCGGAAGCAUACAAACCACCGAAACCUGAAACAGGCAGAGAUUCAGAACACGAAAUAGAGUUCAAAUACACCGAGCACAUUCCGGAAAGCCAGCCGUCUAGCAGCAAGCAAACUUCCUAUAACGUCACACCUAAAUCCACCGAACGCAGACAUUUCCUACUAUCCAAUCUAAACGAGAGAUUUCGCAAAACCCUCAGCUUAGAUUCACGUAAAAUAGAAACGAACAGAGUCCCGCUCAGCCUUCCCAGUGGGAGCAGACCGAAAUCCCUCGUGAACACAAGUAAUGUAGUCUUGUACAAUUCAAGAGAUCCAUUCGUAGCGUCGAAUUUUGAUAAAUCCAGCCAACCGAAGAAAAAAAGGAAAUCGUUCUUCUCGCUGGACACUUUUUUCGACUCCAAGAAGUCGGAUACCUCAUCAAUAGACGACUACUGCUCGUCCAAAUACAAAAGAUUUGAAUUAGAAAGCGACGAUUCUCCAGUUCUUAAGCGGGAUCGGGAAAAAACGCCAGAUCUCUUGAAACCGGUGAUAAUUGAUUCGGUGCGUAAAAAACAAUCGGACACACGUCGUCAAUUGGAGAAGCUAGAGGAUCACUUCUAUAAGAGUCUCAAACCGCAGACUGUGAUUGAUGCUGUACCAGCCGACGCGACUGAAGCCGGACAUUCCAAUCACUUCUUCGUCUACGAUGAUGAAGUGGAAUACGUAGAGCCGAUACGCAGCAACUUCACAAGUCAAAGCACGUUAAUAUUGGAUAAAACUGAAAAGCUUGACUCCAUAUUGUCGAUUAACACGGACGAGACGGAUAUAAAAUUACCAAGUUCUACUGUCUCGCCUAAAUCGAAUGCAGCUAACGAUCUAGAUAGUAUAGGGCCAUAUGAGAUUGAGGUGAAAGAAGCCGAUCUCUUGAAGAGUUGCUCAAGGAAAUUGGUUGUUAAAGUUAUGGAUAAGUCUGUGGAUUCUAUUGGCAGCUGUUCCCUGGACGUCGACGCGAGCACAGAUUUUUCAGUAAAAUUAUUGUUGGUUUUGUGUUGUGCACACUGUUUAAAACUGUAUAAUCGUCGUUUCUGCUCUAAAAUUGUCAUUGAUACCACAUCUGGAAGCUUGAAUCUCCUGACACCAUCGUCAACUACAAGUCGGAUUAAAGAGUUCACAUCGAGGAUACAAGAAAGAGCUGGUUCUCUUCAGCCAAAUCAUACUCCCACUCCCCUUUCGCCACCGAGGACUCCAGAAGAUGCGACACCAACACCAAAACACCCCCCUAAAUCAGAAAACCUUUUAAAACCACCCCCAAAGAUCCAUAUAGACUCGUCCAGCCAUAGAUCUCGAAGCCACCAAAAGAAACGAGACGAAAUACCCCAGAAGAAACCGAGUUAUUUGAACCUAGCCUGUUCAGUUAACGGUUACACUAACCUAACGACCUAUGACUCAAAGCUACGGCAGGAUAUCAAUAAGAGCCGUGAAGCUUCCCCUAUCCGACCUAUAACACACACAUACCAGUACAAGAGUGAGAGUAAUUCCCUUCUGGUACCUAUACCUGUCAGUGCCAAUAAACUGUUGGUUCCUACAUUCGGUCCCCAUGAUACUCGGACAAAUUUGACAUCAAAGGCGCCUUCUAAGGCGCACACAGACCCAUACCUGGCCACCCCACAUGUCUUCAUGGCGGCCGAAAAUAAACAACUGAAGAACGACUUCCUAGGUCCAACCAUGACCACCACCAGUCGGUCGUACAUCUCCACGGAGAGCAAGAACUUCGCGUCGUCCAUGCUACAAAAGGAUGAGGUGGAUAAUGCGAAAGAGGUGUUCAAAUCUAGUUAUUCUGAAACUAAUUUUAGGCAGACAGUUACAAAUGGUAAAGAAACCAGGUUCAGUUCGGAGUCCUAUACCAUUUCGUCUAAUGAAGUGUCGAAACGAGUGGAGAUUACCAAGGAGAAUGGUGAAAAGCUAACGAGUCCUAUGAAGAGCUUUAUCCAGCAACGAGUGGAGCGAUUAUACGGGCCAGGGGCGCUGGCCCAAGGCUUCUUUAACCAACGACACAAAUUAAAAAGCACAAGUGAAGAUGACGCCAAAAUUCUCACAGAGAAGUCAUUGAACUGCCCCAGUCCUAGCGAGAGGGUUCUAUCCCCAAGAAGAUCUAAUGACAGUUUUGACAGCGAAAACAACAGUCCCACCAAAGAGGAUGAGGUUUUACCCGUUUUAAGACACCUGAGGCCUGAGUUCAGGGCUCAACUGCCAGUAUUGUCACCCAGAAAAAGUUUGAAAUCAGACCUGUCUCCGAAUAAGGAUCUAGAGAAAAAGACUGAUGAUAUAUGUGAAACUGUGAUAAGUGAUUCGGUGAAAGUAAAUGGUGUUAACAGCAAUGGUGAAAUAAAAAAUGGUGAUCUAGUUAAGAAUGGUGAUUUAGAAAAUGGUGAUCUGAAGAAUGGUGGAACGGUGAAGGAUGCAUAUUAUUUCCUAGAUUUGGAGAAGAAAGAGACUGAAAGGCUGAUUGCAUUGGCUGCCGGAGCUGAGAAGGAAUUGGAAAGCUUGCAAAACCAAGAGAAUAUAAGUGAGGAAGUGUUAGGUCUGCUCCGGGCGGCUUCAGGCAAAGCGAGGUUGCUUGCUACACAGAAAAUGCAACAGUUUGAAGGUCUUUGCUACAAUAAUAUUAAUGAGCGAGGCGACGAGCAAUUCCCGACCACGUUGGAAGACCUGCAAGGGUUCUGGGACAUGGUGUUAUUGCAAGUCAGAAAUGUGGAUGCCUUGUAUGCCCACUUGGAUACUCUUAGGGAUAAUAACUGGCAGGAGGUUUCAUCACCAAUAACCAAGCCGCCAACAUCAUCUUCACCCGCUAGAGGCAAAGUUGUUCGGACUCCUCAAGUUAAGAAUGAAAAGGCCAGGCUCGCUGCUGAAAAGAGAGAAGCGGAUAGGAAAGCCAUGCUGGAACAUCGCAGACGUGUAGCCCGCGAACGACAGUUGGCUGCGCGUGCGUCGAUGCCGGGACAAAGUAAGGAGACAGAUAACAACAUGGGAGUGGAGGGCAGUCAGGAGGUCGAAAUAUUUGUGGGCAAAAGUGCUCCGAAAGUGGCGCCACAAGGUGACUGUGCCAGUAUGGCGAAUUCCGAUGACUCAAUUGCCCAAAGCUGA